AUGAAACGUAAAACGAGCCGGAAAUACGAGUCACAAACGCUAGAUAAAUAUGAGACGAGCCGGAAAUACGAGUCACAAACGCUUGAUAAAUGUGAAACGAGCCGCAAAUACGAGUCACAAACGCUAGUUAAACGUGAAACGAGCCCGAAAUACGAGUCACAAACGCUAGAUAAACGUGAAAUGAGCCGGAAAUACGAGUCACAAACGCUAGCUAAACGUGAAACGAGCCGCAUAUACGAGUCACAAACGCUAGCUAAACGUGAAACGAGCCGGAAAUACGAGUCACAAACGCUAGAUAAACAUAAAUGUGAAACGAGCCGGAAAUACGAGUCACAAACGCUAGAUAAAUGUGAAACGAGCCGGAAAUACGAGUCACAAACGCUAGAUAAACGUGAGACGAGCCGGAAAUACGAGUCACAAACGCUUGAUAAACGUGAAACGAGCCGGAAAUACGAGUCACAAACGCUAGAUAAACGUGAAACGAGCCGGAAAUACGAGUCACAAACGCUAGCUAAACAUAAGACGAGCCGGAAAUACGAGUCACAAACGCUUGAUAAACGUAAAACGAGCCGGAAAUACGAGUCACAAACGCUUGAUAAACGUAAAACGAGCCGGAAAUACGAGUCACAAACGCUUGAUAAACGUGCAACGAGCCGGAAAUACGAGUCACAAACGCUUGAUAAACGUAAGACGAGCCGGAAAUACGAAUCACAAACGCUAGUUAAACGUGAAACAAGCCGGAAAUGGGAGUCACAAACGCUAGAUAAACGUAAGACGAGCCGGAAAUACGAGUCACAAACGCUAGAUAAACGUGAAACGAGCCGGAAAUACGAGUCACAAACGCUAGAUAAACGUGAAAUGAGCCUAACAUACGAGUCACAAAACGAUAGUUAA